AGACAACCUUGCUUUCUGUUUUGUUUAAAACUGGCGUGCUGUUGACUAAGGGCUGGCUUUGAACUUCUUGUAAUGAGUUGUGUAGCGUUGUGAUUAAUGUUAAUUUUACCAGGUUUUUGCUAUUGUGAAUACGCCAACCAGCCAUAUCUGGGAUUAGAUGAUUCGUCUUGGUUCUCCCUAUCCGAUUAUCCUGGGCGUUAUUUUGUUCGUUAAUGCUUACAGAAUCCCAUAGAAGUUUCGUGUGACAGCGUGCAUGUCUCUUAAUCCUGAUCAAUUGGAUCUUGUACCUGAUGAUCUGCUUAAUGAUCAAGUCCAAGUAGAAACGGUUCAUCAAGUUUCAUACAAUAAUAAUAAUCGAAGUAACCUGGAUGCAUUAGGAAUGGCCGCUGGAGUGUCACCUUACGGAACAAAUAACCCAUCUGCAAUGUCUGCAGCAGCAGCAGCAGCUCUUUUAAUACAAGCUGCAGCUGUAAAUGAAUCACCAUCUAAUAAUGUGACUUUUUCUGGAAGACGUUGUUCAACUUCAAGCCUUCUAGAAUCACCACAACCAUCUCCUUUAUCUUCAUCUAUGAUUUCAGUAGCUGCACAACAAGCUGCCUUAGCUGCUGCUCAAGCUAUUGCCAGUCCUCGAUCUCCAUCAGCUAGUUCUAGCACAUCUAAUUUUCAGGCGGCGGUGUUGUCAUUGGCUUUAGCUGCUUCAUCCACAUGUACAACAAUUAGCAAUUCUUCUAGUUCCGAACUUCGUGAAUGCCAACGUUCAUUACUUGGUCAUUCUGCUAUGAAUGAUCUUAUCUCCCUUUCUGAACAACAUCCAAAAUUACUAACUGCACAUUCUACACUAGCAUCUGUGUUUAGAAGACGUUCUUCAACACUUGCUCCUCCAUGUUUCACUAAUGUACUUAAUCCAGUGUGUAUGGAUGUUGCACCUAGGCAUGAAUUAAAAAGUGCUCCCAGUGAGGAACCACAGUUAUUGUCUUUUUUACCUUCAAACGUAACGUCUACUCUUGAUCUGGGAAAUUCUCAGCUCCUCAAUAGUCAGCAAUCAACUCUUCCAGAUUACCCUGAAGGUUUUUCUUUAACCCGUGAGUCAACAUCUAUUUCAACUUCUUUUCUGAACGAUAAUUGUAUCGAACAACGUAAUCGUUCAGAGGAAUCUUAUUUAAUGGAUAUUAAUUCAGAAGGUCCGGCUAAAAUUACACGGCAUUAUUUAUCUACUUUAGAUCCUGAUGAAAACGUAGAUAACUCCCGAAACUCUUCCAGUGUACCACAUAGAGGUUAUGAAGAUCCUAAUUUCCAACCUUUUUACAAAACAUCACCAAAGUAUGAUUCGCAUCUGGUACAUCCAUUGGGUGUUCACCCAUCAUUUAAUAGAAAUUCUAAUAAAUGUAAUACAAGAUAUUUUUCUCCUACACAUACAUCAGUUUCAAGUGAACUUGCAUUGGCCACAUGUCCUCCAACUUCACCACUAAGUUGUUCCUCAUUAUCUAAUUCAGCAACUCCCCAAUUGAAUAUUUCUCCAUUAAAUGUUGAAUGUAGAGUUAAGAAUACACCAAUGGAUGAUUUGAGUGGAGCUACUUCCAGAUCAUCGGUUUCCUGCAGGUCAUUAAGAACUAACUGUGGGACAGAGUGUGAUUUUAAAACUGAUGAACCAAACCGUAAACGCGAACAACGUCUUUUAAAAAACAGAGAAGCUGCAAGGGAAUGUCGUAGAAAAAAGAAAGAAUAUGUAAAGUGUCUAGAAGCUCGAGUUAGUCUUUUAGAAAGUCAAAAUCAACAGCUAAUUGAAGAGCUUCAAAAAGUUAAAGCGCUUUGCUUUAAGGAGUUAUGCGGUUUAGGAUUAAAUAGUUCCACAGCUGCAUGCGCCGCAGCUGUUUUAGCUGCUGUGACCUCAGUGUCUGCUAACUAUUCAGGUUCAGAUGCUGCAGAUGCUUCUGGAUUAGAUUCAACUGCCCGGUUUUCUUCAGAAUCUGAUCGUAAUAUAUGUGAAAGAUCCACUGAAGUGCAUCAUAUGGCUUCUGAAUUCGGAGAAGAAGUACAACAACUUCAUGAUUGUCCACGCUCAACUCGUCAACGCAGACGUUCUGUGUUCACUGCACCUAAACUAUCACCGUAUUCAAAUCAGGCUACAUGGUUAAGCCCGUAUUCCUUGAAGUGUUCCGAACCCUCUUCAAAUGUGACUUGUGGUACCAAUCACGUAAAUCGUUCUUCUUUUGAUGAAUCGUCAUCACACUCAUGUGUACCACAAUUGCACGACACAAAAGGUGACUGCGCAAAUAACCCUGUUACCAUUUCCUAUACGUCUCCGGUUAAUCCAGAUACAAUUAGUCCUCAUUCAGGUGAACAUUUACAACUUCAUUGCACUGAAUCGCACUCACUUUUAGUAGAAAGUAAAGUGGACAGUAAUCGAUUACCACAGGAUUCAACAAAUGAAAUGUCUAGUGAGUUACAAAGUUGGAAAUCACCCCAGUACCAUAACUGUGGUAAUCCCUACCAACAUCCUCGGUACGCGGCAAAAAGAGCUUAUCGCAAUGUGAUAUUUAAUUCUUCCAAUACAAGUAGCGAGUCUGAAAAAAAAACAGAUCCCGUUGAUGAUAAACGUCUUUGUGAACCAGGGGCUAACGUCGAUGCUGUGACUGGUGCUGCAGUGAUUUUAGCUGCUGCAGCUGCUAUGGUGGCAGAAUCUGAAUCUUCUGCACCGGAAUCUAGACUGUCCGUCUAAACAUCCAUAUAUAUAUAUAUAUAUAAUGUUUAGCAGAUCAUAUUACUUAUGAACAUCUACCUGCGUCUUUCUCAACGAAUAGGUUCCAAUAAGUAAAUUUUUAAGUGAUUAUCUUUUGAAAUAUUCUAGGAGCAGCAAAUAAUAGUUUCUUGAACUGUUAAUUUCUGAAGCCAUUGAAACUACUGAAUUUAUGCUUUUUCUGCGUUCACUGUCUUCCUUUAAUUUGCCUUUCUUACUUUAUAUGGUCUGCUUUUCCUACUAUGCAAGCUUUCCAAAUUGUGAAAAAUCAUUCCCCCGGCUGACUGAUUCUUGUUAACUUUUUGUGAGACAUAAACUUAUUUAUUCUCUGGAAUGUAACAUCAUCGUUAGUUGUUGAAAAAUUCAUUUGUGCCGUUCGCUUUUUCUUCUUUCAUCAUAAAAAAGACUACAUCACAAAUCCAGAUUCUGUAAUCAUGUAUAUUUUGCAAACUCUACUCACCCUCACCCCGUCUAUUUCUAUUAUAAACAGUCACAUUGAAAGAUAUAGAGUUAUUUCUUACUUGUUUCGUUGUUAUAUUCUCAAGCGCCUGUGCAUCAUUUCUUUUGUCAUCCUUUUUCAUAUAUUUGUUUACUUCAGGUGUAGCAUCUCGAUGUCUUUCGUAUCACUUGUUAUUUUUUCUUAAUUCAUUUCUUGCUUCAAGAAGUUCUGUUUGGUUGAUAAUUUGCUGGCUAUGAUUGUAGUGUAGUCUAUGCACCACAUUUCCUUGUCUCGUCAUCUUUCUGUCCUAGCGCCCACGGUGUGUUUACGUGUCUGUGUACGUGUACAUAUAGCUGUAGUUAGACAGUUUUUAUUAUCCGGUUUUUUUUAAUUCAAUUCUGCUUUCAUUUUUAUCAAAAGCGCCAUUUUCGUCACCACUAAAAAUUCUUUUUUUCACAUACAUUGCUUUUGUGAGUACAUAUUUUAUUAAGAUUUUCAUAUAUAGGCUAGUUAAAAAUUGACGUUAGCAUAAUAUUUGAAGUUUGACAAAUCUCGUAUUUAUUAAUUUCACUUCCUAGAUUUUUCUGAUUUCUGUUGAAUUCAUCAGACCCGAAAUUUGGUUUAUUAUAUGGGGAAAUAGUUCACCAAGUUUAUUAUGUAACUUCAAUAAUCCUUGCAUGCUAAUUUCUAAAGGGUCGUUCAAAUUUAUAAUGUACGUUUUAAGGGAAUGUGAUCAGCUACCAUUUCGACAGCUGUUUGUUAUUAUUGUUAUUAUAAUCAAUUAUUACUAGAUAUUCACGAAGUCAAUCCCUUGACUGUAAAGACCAGUCAUGCAGUUGAGAAAAAUGAAGUAAUGCUAUUAAUAAUUACCAUUCAUCCUUGAGUAACUGUCACAUCCCUUCCGUACAUUGCGAUGAAUUCAGUUUAGUGAAUUUUAACAUUAACAUUUGCUUACCAUGCCCUAAUGCGAAUCGUCGUUCGGUAGCAAUUCACUAAAAGUCGCCAAGAUUUAUAUGUGAGUGAUUGGAAAAGUAGAAAAAGUUUCUUACAGAACAUUUGCACACGAUUUAUCCGUACUUGAGUUCAAACUUCACUAUACUAGAUUGAUCACAUAAUAUGCUUAUCUUCUAAGCUCUAAUAAAUUCCGAUAUCCAAACAUAUAUAUAAGGAUGUUGGAACGCAGCUGAAGUUUCUGUUAAGGUUUACACAUUCACUCUUUGAAUUUACGAAUAAGAAACUAAUAUGCAGAAUGUUUCUUUAUCCAAAAAAGAACGAAAUAUCGCCAGGUUUUAUAAUGGUGUAACCAUUAUACAGAGAAAAAUCUCAGAACUUUAUAUUUUGGUGCAACGAAAACAUGAUCACUGUAGAUAAAAAUGUAUAUAUCCUGUUUUUGUUUUGUUCUUUGCAAUGUGAGAAAUGUUUUGGAUAAACAUUCUUUUUUAUUAUUUUGCUAAAAAAUAACAGUUGGAAGGCAUAUUUUUCGAUGUGUAAUGUUUUCCUCAAAAUUGCGUAGGCAACCAGCCUUUUUCAUAUAUAUUUAUGGUUAGUGAGAUAUAUGAUUGUUUUUGACUUGACCAACUUCUUACCAUCUAAUAAAAAUAUUUUUCGUAACGAAUUAUUCUAAGUGAUAAUACUGCACACAUUUCUGUCUGUAUAGACAAGCGGUUCUUGUUCAUUCGCGUCUUCUAAACAUUUCUGUAACAAUAUAAAUUAACCUUAUUUAUCAUCCGAAAUUGUUUCCAGUAUAAUUCUACAAUCAUACCUGUAAAAGAUUUACUUAAAUUCCUAUUAAGCAUCACAUCUUUGUGGUUAUUUGAUUCUAAAUUAAAAUUAUACAAUCUAAACUUAGAUCUUACGUAGCUUCGUACUUACAAAUUGCCAAAAACCGUACCAACUUUCCUCAUAGUAAACCAGUGCCUACUGACUAUGCAUAGGCAAUGAAGUACAUAUACAAUGAAUGUUAGUUGCACAGUAUUAUGAAAUGACUGAAGCUAGGAGAGUGAACUAAUGGUAUUUCAACUUGGUUGUCUGUAGGUUAAGGGCUCGUGGCAAAACCUGAUGAUCAUGUAUUCAAUCCUUCAAGAGAUCGUGAAUCCGCAUUGAUAAGAACUCAUAUUGGGACGAAAUAUCUGUUCUUUACUUCCUUGUAUCCCAUUUUUGUCUUAUUGGACUAAAUCUGUGAUGUAAAACUUCAUAAAAUACUAACGGAAAGAUAUUUUGCAUUUGGAAAUAUUAGUAGCUGUAAAUGUAGUUUGAUCGAAUUCACCAUUGAUCUUCCAGGGAUUACUUCUGACGUAAUCAUCAGUGAGAAAUUAAUGCAGAAAUUCCAAUAACGAUCUCGUCAUAUUUUUUUCUCAGUAGGAGCUAAUAACGAUAACGAAAUAGUUAUCCUCACAUUCUACUUUAAUAAUAAGUGUAGCUGAAAUCGUUUAUCAAGUAAAGAUAACUUCCAAAUAGCUAUAGAUUUUUAAAAUUAAUAUUUUUUAUGCGAGUAAAUAAAAUGUCUGGUUAAUAGUGACAUUCAAUCGCCUUCUUAGUUCUGUCAUCUUUGUCUUUUCAUAUUUAAAAAAGAUGUACAAUAAUAGCGUCGGC